AUGUCUUCGUUUUUUUCUUUGCGGUUCUGCGAGAAGUUACGUACUCUGUUGGGUGGUGCUACGAUACCGACGAAAAGAGAAAUGCUUCGACUGGUCAUGAGUGUCUACGACCCCUUGGGGCUGGUAGCGUCAUUCGCCAUCCACGGAAAAAUUCUCAUCCAAGAAGUUUGGCGAACUGACACGGAUUGGGACACCGAGAUUCCUGUGGAGAUAGCUACACGCUGGUUUGAAUGGUUAGCGGUGUUGAAAAACAUAACCGGAUUGCGUAUUUCGCGGUGUUACUUCCCAGGAUACAAUCCAGAAGGCAUGAAAAAUCUUGAGCUGCAUGUGUUCGUGGAUGCGAGCGCUCAGGCUUAUGCGGCGGUAGCUUAUUUCCGCAUUAUAGAUCGAGGACAGAUCAGGGUUAUACAAAACGAAGGUCGCGCCACUCCGAGGACUAUUGAUUCCACGAUUAGAGCUGAUAGCAGCUUUGAUUGGAUUUGCUCGUGGAUUAAGUCGGACACCCGACGAUAUCGCCAGUUCGUCGCGUUCAGGGUCGACGAAAUAUUAAGUCUAACGAACAUCAAUGAAUGGCAUUGGGUUCCGACGAAGGUCUACGUUGCAGAUGAAGCUACCAAAUGGGGAAAGGGCCCGUCUUGCAAGGUAGAUAGCCGUUGGUUCCAGGGACCUGAAUUUCAUAAACAAACAGAUUGGACGAUGGUCCCGGAGAACGGUACGGAUGAAAGUCACAAGGAGUUACGGGAGGUAUAUAUGUGCAGUCAUUACAUUAGAAAAUCGGUCAUAGAUCCUGAACGAUUUUCACGAUUCGAAAGAAUGGUACGAUCUGUGGCGUAUGUUCAUCACUUCGUUGACCUCCUGCGAAGUUCCAAGGGUAGUGAAAGUAUGGGUACUGUGGGGAAAACUAGUGCGGAAAUCCAAAGGGCGGAGAAUACUCUGUGGUUGAUUGCACAGUCUGAAGCGUUCCCGGAUGAAGUUGCGGUCUUAAGACAGAAUUUCGGACGGAAUGAUACUGGUCAGAAACAAUUAGAAGUUUCUAGCAAUCUAGCGAAACAACCACCUUUCGUUGACGAGCACGGUGUGUUGCGGGUAGGCAGUAGAGUUGCAGAUGCAACGGUAUUGGCCUACGAUACGAAGUUUCCGAUCAUCUUGCCCAGGAAUCAUCGAAUUACGGACCUGCUGUUAGACUUCUAUCAUCGAAAGUACGGCCAUGCCAACGAUGAGACCAUCGUCAACGAGGUGCGUCAGAAAUUUCACGUCUCACAACUACGAGUGAAAGUACGCCUGACCAGAAAACGCUACAUGUGGUGCCGCGUGUACAAAACAAUGCCCGCCGCUCCUAAAAUGGGACUGCUUCCUGCGAUACGGUUGGAGCCGUGUGUGCGCCCAUUCACCUAG